AUGCUUUAUCGAAGAAAAUGUUUUGCAUUCAUGUCAUGGAUUUUCUUUAUGUCCCUGAAUUGUUUAGUCCAUGGGAAAUCAACAGAUGAAAAGAUUUUUCAUAAACAUAUCAAAAAGGUCGAAGACAGCUCAGCUCAUAAGAAAUACACUCUUGAAAAGUCAACGCACGCCCACAUAAAAUCAAAAGGAAAAUCAGACAGAGAAGGGCUCGACAAUGGCGUACGAAAAGACUUUUUGAGUUCUUUGCAGGAAUUUCCUCUUCCUGUUCAAAUCGAACAUCUUAAGGACGUCCCAGUUCCUGUUCCAGUAAAAAAAGAAGUAGGUGAAAAUGUUUUACACGUGCACAUCCAUGAUCGUAAGUACUUCUUCUUUCUAAGUUUGUUUACUCUAUAUGUGAUACUUUUAAGAGCAGCUGAAACGUAGUUUCUACAUCUGAUCAUUGUCAAACAAAGUGCAGGUAACCAUUUUAGUGGCUAAAGGUUUUGGAUGAGAUUGUCAGAAGUUCAUCCCUUCGAUCAAACAUCAGGUUUAAAUGUUGAGAAAGAAAGGUAUUUGAAAUCAGUGGUAUAUUUGAAAAUUAGAAAAUUCAAUAUGCUGAUCAAGGACAAACCUUUCAAAUGCUUAAAAUUAAGCUGAAGAGGGAUGAAGUGAGCUGCCAUUGAAAAUGAAGUGCGCUUCUUUAUUACUGUUUAUUACUAGUAAUAGUUGACACUACAGCUUCCCCCGUUCUUUAUAUUGUCGGUCAAUAGUAUUCUUCUUGGUUGUGUAGCUCUUUGAAAUAUACCGAUUCAUAAUGAAGAUUUUCACACAUAUUCCAUACAAUAGGUGAGAUAAAUACAGGAAACGAAAGGUUCCAUGCACAGUUUCAGCUCGAUUUACACAGCUUUGAUCAAAACAUUCUCAGUUUCGAGAAUAGUUUAUUCUAAACCAUAAGAAAAUAUUUAAUUAGAAAUUGAAUUUUUCGCUAUUUCUCUUUCCCUUUUUACAUUCAGUUCAUUUCAUUUGCCCGGAAAGUAAGCCUUAGAAAUUAAAAGGACGUUUGAUCGAUUCACGCUAGCGCAUUCUAGUCUUAUUUGAAACUUUAGAACGGAAGAACAUCUGUGAGCAGGGAAUAUGUCAGCACAGAAUUUGAUUGUUGGCGAAUUUCUGUAAAUGUCCAUCAAUCUGCUAGUGAUAAGCUAGCCGUUGUUCACUCGUCUUGCUUGUUUGGGGCUGAGUCUUAUUCCGGUCAAAGAGAGAGAAAGAGUGUCUGGCAAGGUUUCCAAUAUAAAUCAAAGAUUUGUGAACUCGUGUCUGGCAAACUUUCCAAGUGUUUAUAUAUACACAGUUAAACGUAUCUUAUAACCUCCCCUGCGCUUAACGAGUGUCUUUUGGUCCAUAACUUUCAAAACAACUCCUCCACAGAAUGUCACUGCGUCACGCAAAAGAGUAUCGAAGUAUGACUGCUCAAUAAAUGUCACAAAAUCUGCCUGAGCGGUCCCUUCGCGAUUUUCUGUCUUUACGUCAUCCCAACCAUUUCGUACUUGCGGACGCAAACAAUAGAAACGUCGUCAUUACCUACCGAUUCCUCGCGGCCCUAGUUCGAGCAAAUCGAGAUUUUUUCUGGUAUACUGACUGUGUAUUUGAACUGUAAGUACUGUCCUUAAUAUACGCGCGAGUUACUAGGGUGCCUCCUCGGGAUUUCGCCUCUGGGCGAAAUCCCUGCGGGGGCAAUUAACCAUGCAUAAUGGCCAAAAACAUGAUAAAUGGAUAAAAACGUAAAACAGCACCAUACAAGUAACAGAUGUUCUUAAUCUAUUGUCAUUUUUUGGUUUGUUAACCAGUUUUUCAGCUCCUUAGCAAAAGAGCUAAUUUUUCAGUGUGAGAGAAGGAAAAAGCACUGAGCGAGUAAAACGAAUGUGUGUUUUAAUUAAGUAGAAGCGUAACUACGUCGGUCCGUCAUGCUGUCUAGAUUUCAUAGACUUUUCAGCUUGACAAGGUAAGUUGAUUCAUCAUAAUGUUAUUUUAUAAUUUCUUUCCUUUUAAAGGAAAUCCUUGCAGAAAUGGAGGAGUUCUUUCACGGGAUUUAGAAGGUUCCAGUUAUCACUGUAUUUGUCCCGCUGAAUACGGAGGCACAACUUGCGAAAGUAUGUAAUGUUGUUUUUAUACUGGAUAUACGUGUAAAUGUCAUGAAAAAUAACUGCUGCUAAUGCCUAUGAUGAUGCAGAGAAAACUUUGUCAAUGUCAAAUAGAAAAAAUUGUAGAGAACAAGGAAACCUAAAAACGAUAGAUUAGAUCCAUUUGAAAUUGUCAACAAUUUGAACUAAUCCACUGAGACUAUUAAUAAUACUCGCACUUAUAAUUAAAAAAAAAAUAAAGUGAGCCAUUAAGCUAUUACUAUCUUAUGUUUCGGAAAAGGGGUGUUGGGUUUUGUCCGAAAAAUCCUUGAUGUGUUCUCCCCACCAUUAUUCUUGCCCUGUGGCUUUAUUCAUUUGUCUUAAUGUAUAAUGGUAAUUCACAA